AUGGAAAAUUUUUUCGUGCACUCGAGCCGCGUUGUCGUCGUUAUUGUUUUAUGGAGUGAACGUCCGUUUCCGUGCAGUUGGACGGGUUGUGGAAAAAGGUUUGCCAGAUCCGACGAAUUAGCUCGACACCUUAGGACUCACACGGGAGAAAAAAAUUUCUCGUGUCCCGUGUGUGAAAAAAGAUUUAUGAGAAGCGAUCAUCUCAGCAAACAUGCGAGGAGGCAUCCGAAUUUCGAUCCUUCGGUUUUACGUCAGAGAAGAAAUCCCGCCAAGGCAUUUUCCGUUAAUUCAAGCGAUGGAACGCCGUCCGAUGUUCUUUCAGAUUCCGUGCCAUCUCCAUAA